AUGAUUUGGCCUUUUUCUUGGUGUGAAUGGACCGAAUGGUCCGUUUGUUCUGUGGAACCUUGUUAUCCUGGUCGACGUCGCACAUAUCCCGCUGUUUCUCGCUCUCCAAAGGAAUCUGCAAUGCGAGAGUACUGUGUGAAUUCUACCGAGCUUCCCAUUACCGCUCUUCGCUGGCCAGAAACUGAUGAAACUUAUUCGUCUGUACCGAUUAACCCAAUGCAUAUGCGCAGUCGGAUUUGCAACUGUACCAGGAAAGGGUUCAGUUUUAUCGGCCGUCUUCUGGGCUCCUGCAAAAGGAAUGACGAGGUUGUAGAUUGUCACAGUUGUUUCCGUGCUAAUUCCACAGUCUUCACUCACACCACAGGUGGUGGAGCCCUUCUAUCUUGUAGCCAACUCGCUGAUGUUCGUAACGCUGAAGCUGUGGCUAGUGCAGUGGCAAGCUCGAACCGGUUCUACGCCAUCCUGGGUGGUGCCUUGGGCGCAGCCGCCUUCCUUGUUCUAGUCUUCUGUUGUGUUCGUUUCUUCCUUAUCUCAUCAUCAUCGAAUUCCUCCGCAUCCCGACGUAGGGCUGCUCGAAGGGCGGCUGAAAACACUGCUGGUGAAGGUGGCACUAGUCAAGGUUUAGUUGAUGAUGAUGAUCCUGCUCUUAGAAGAUCCAGAGUUGGAUUACCUUAUUCACAUUUUUGGAAUUCUGAACUUCCACCGGCAUAUAAGGACGUAAUGGGCAUGGCAGUUGUGCUUCCAAUCGAUCCGGACAAUCCACUCACCGUUCAAGCCGACGAGUCUGCCAGAGGGUGUUUGUCUCCAUCUACCAUGCCACCUCUUCCAGAUUCCACAUCUCAUACGCAAUCUCAUUUGCCUUCAAUUCCGGUGCAACCAAAUCCAAUGCCCCCCGAAAUUGGUGGAAAGCCCGACAUUGAUGGUGACGAGUAUUCAGAUGAGCCCCCACCUCCCAGUUACCAGGAGGUCAUCGCUUUCUCUCCUUCCGCAGCUGACAUGCGCCAACGUAUUAUGGCUGCUUCUGCGGAGACCCCUGGAGCUAUUCAACAGACACAUUCACCUGCUUAA